UGAGAAGUCGGAACGCACUUUCACGACGCUCGUUGGUUCCGCCCGGAAAGGCGCCGCGAGGGACACGGUCCCCUACCCUCGAGAAACACGGCGGAGUGAGGAGGAGGACGGGCUGUGUCGAGGCGGCGCGACCGCCCCACCGAGCUGUCGAAGAUGAACACCGGCCAGGGCAGUGUGGGCAGUGACCCGGUGAUCUUGGCCACGGCCGGCUACGACCACACCAUUCGCUUCUGGCAGGCGCACAGCGGCGUGUGCACGCGCACCGUGCAGCACCAGGACUCCCAAGUGAACGCUUUGGAGAUCACACCCGAUCGGACACUCAUCGCUGCGGCUGGAUAUCAGCACAUCCGCAUGUACGACCUCAACUCUAACAACCCCAACCCCGUCAUCAGCUACGACGGAAUCAGCAAGAACGUCUCUUCCGUCGGGUUCCAUGAGGACGGGCGCUGGAUGUACACGGGCGGCGAGGACUGUAUGACGCGCAUUUGGGAUCUCAGGUCCAGAAAUCUGCAGUGUCAGAGGAUUUUGCAAGUCAAUGCCCCAAUCAACUGUGUUUUUCUGCAUCCCAACCAGGCCGAACUCAUCGUGGCCGAUCAGAGCGGCGCCAUCCACAUCUGGGACCUCAAGACGGACCAGAACGAGCAGCUGAUCCCCGAGCAGGACGUGGCCAUGAACUGCGUGCACAUCGACCCCGACGCCAGCUACAUGGCAGCUGUCAACAGCACGGGCCAGUGUUAUGUGUGGAACCUGACAGGAGGAGUGCGAGAGCAGCCCACACACCUCAUCCCCAAGUUCAAGAUUAGUGCUCACAAGACCUACGCCCUCAAGUGCCGGUUCAGCCCAGACUCCACGCUCCUAGCCACGUGCUCGUCGGACCAGACGUGCACGAUUUGGCGCACAGCGAACUUCACGAUGCUCACGGAGCUCAGCAUCCGCAGCAGUAACCCGGCCGAGAGCUCCCGUGGAUGGAUGUGGGACUGCGCCUUCUCCGGGGAUUCACAGUACAUGGUCACCGCAUCGUCGGACAACACGGCGCGGCUGUGGAGUGUGGAGACGGGCGAGAUAAAGCGCGAGUACACGGGCCACCAGAAGGCAGUCGUGUGCCUCGCCUUCAACGACAGCGUCAUCGCCUGAUUGGCCAUGUCGUCCCCUGAGCCUGGCCGGAGGAGGCCAUCCGGGGGGGCCAACCUGUUCAGCAGCCCUUCUACGUCUCAAAGCCACCAACAGCAGACGCAGGGUCGCAACGAGCUGUGCGUGAACAUUGCAUUUUGCUUCACGGUGUUCGUCAACUUGUCGGUCUAUAUGUCCACAUUAGUUGAGCAGGAAAUGGCGGCAUCGGUUAAUGUCCGGUAGAUAGCUUAAAUUUUACAUUUUUAGAGGUCACGGUGGUUCACGAAUGUAUGGUCAAUGGUGCGGUCGGUAUUUCUUCAAUCGUGUGGGGGGGCUGCAAUAUUCCACCUGUGCAGGUAGUGGGUGGAUCUGCCAUGAGUAGUGCAAAAUAAAUGAUUAUGUGUUUAGAUACAAACAAGUCUGUGCAACAUGAACUACCCUUUUUCGCGAGACGUAUGUAGUCCGCCGUGUGGGUUUGCUUCGCAGCGGGACACUGUCGUAAUAAAAUUAGCACAUGUAAGUAGUUGACGGCGUGAGGCAGGCAAGUGAAAGUUUCAUUCACAAUAAAUGUCCAUUCCCUUU